AGUCCUGACUGUCUUUAUUCUGGAUCUGCUCUGAGGGAGUGUGCAGCAACAGAUUCCUCUUCUGCCUUCCUGAAUCUCACCUGCUCAGACUCUGUCAGGCUGCUAGGGGGGACUGGUCUGUGCUCAGGCAGACUGGAGGUGAACUCUAACCCGUCUAACCCGUCCUGGUCCUCAGUGUGUGAGUCUGACUUUGACCAGCAGGAUGCUCAGGUGGUCUGCAAGCAGCUCGGCUGUGGGGCUCCUUCAGUCCUCCAGGGGGCGCUCUAUGGAGCAGGGGAGGCUCCAAUGUGGACCAAAGAGUUCCAGUGUGGAGGCCAUGAGUCUGCUCUCCUGGACUGUAGCUCAGCCUCAGAGAGAAACACCUGCUCACCUGGCAGAACUGUUAGCCUCACCUGCUCAGAGCCUGUCAGGCUGGUAGGAGGAUCCAGUCGCUGUGAGGGAGAACUGGAGCUGAAAUAUUGGGGAGAGUGGAGACCAGUGGUUGCUUAUUAUGAGUGGUGGACCCUGAAGGAAGCAGCAAUCGCCUGCAGAGAUCUCAACUGUGGCUCUGCUGUUUCUCUAAGAUGGAGAAAGAGCGAGGAGUCCUCAGAGAGAUCUAUGUGGGGGAUCUAUCCUCCCUGUGUUCAGUCUGGAUCUGCUCUGAGGGAGUGUGCAGUAUCAGGUUCCUCUACUUACAUCCUGAAUCUCACCUGCUCAGGUAAGCUCAGUGUUCACCUGUCUGUCCAACACACUCUCACUCCCAACGCGUCCAGGAGCGACGCUUGGUCAGAAUUCCGUGGCGUCCAGUUGUGACGCGCCGAGUUUCCAUCAGCGUCAUAAACGGAUGCAAAGAGCUUUCAACUGAUUGCAAUGUAUUCCCAUCGGCGUCGGUAUUUGACGCUUAGGGAAGCACGGCAU